GACGUGGUCUGAUGGGUUCUUCAACCACUACCGACCCGUCAUGAGAGACGCAGAGACGUGGAACCGUCAGGCCAAGUCGACACCGCAGGGACUACCAGAAGCCCAGUUGGGCAGGGAAGUCUUCCUUGCAAAGCCUUUCCAUCGAUCUGAUCGUUAGCGGUGAGGUCCGUCGACGGGUAGACUUGGACCUCAAAGCACACGAUGCCUUCCUGAUUGGCCGCGAGAAGAAUUGUGAUGUGGUCCUCGAAGGGUUGGAGAAGAUGGCCUCACGGUACCACUGCGUGCUUCAAUGCAAGGAAGCCUCGCCCGAGAUCUACGUGUAUGAUCUCAAGAGCUCCCAUGGAACUGUGCUGAAUGGGAAGCAGAUCGACCCCUACAAGUUCGAGCCUCUUCGAGUCGGCGGUCAGUUGGUUUGCCUAGUAAAGCCUACUCCGCGUGACAUUUUAGCUGUCCUUUGCGGGCCGGAAGAGGCCAUGGAGGAGGAAGGAGAGAUUGACCUCACCGAGUUCCGGGAGGUGGCAGCGAAGGAGCGCGCUGCGAAAGAGAAAGCCAUGCUCGAGGACUUGGCCCGGCGGAAGGCAGCCAAGAAGAAGCGGAUGCACGCGGAGGCUCAACGCGAGGUCGUCACAAAGGCCUACGCAGCACAGGCCGAGAAGAAGUUGCAGCAACGCAAGGUGCAGGAGGAUGCGGAUCGCGCGAAAAUCCACCAGGUGAAUUGGGGCAUGGGGGAGGAUGCUGCAGAGGUCCCUAUGGAGGAGCUCCACGAUGAUGCCAAGCAGCUAAUGGAUGCGACGUGGACACCAAAGAGAGGGUUGAGACUGCAUGACUCCACUCUGACAAGAAGAGAAGCGAGGCUCAUUUGCUCAAGGAUAGUAUUAUUUGAAUAGAUUGUAAUCAUAUGUAAUCAUGAAGUAAAUUUGGUGAAUCCCAGAUGCUUGUUGAUCUUUGAUACUGCUAUUGAGCUGCUAUGGUCUUGAUCCUACCAUGCGCUUUACUUCCCUGACUGAACGUCAUGGUACCCUUAUCGCAUAUUAGACGUAUGUUGGCGAUCAAUAUCGGUACCAACAGUAGUUGCCGACUUCGACUUGCCAUAGAAACAACUGCUGCGGUUGCUUAGCAUGAC